AGUUCUUGACUGACACUCCCAGGUCUCAAACCCAUUUUUAUACAAAUUUCGUAAGCACAGCCCAAAAUAAAAACAUUUUAGUUGAGUUUUAAGGGUCCACAAAAAAAGCUUUCUCCUUUGUCACACGUCAGAUACAAAAAAACAAAAAAAAAAUACAAAAAAUAAAAACCCCAAAAAAAUCAAACAUACGGAACAAAAAAAAACGGAAAAACAUAUGCAUAUUCAUUAGAAAAUUGUCAAAAAUCUUUUAUCUAAAUUUUACUAUCAGACACAAUUGUAAAACCCAGUCAAUAAAAAUUGAUGCGCAAGCACGGAAAGUUAAUGACCCAUCCAGACAAUCAGCCAAAAAAGGAACCUACCGCUCCAUUUCGAUCAUUCCGACCAUCGACAUCAACGUCUUGCAUUAUUUCUAAGCGAGUGGCGACGGUAUGUGCAACACUAUCUCCAAUCCCCAGAACAAUCGAGCCCAACGGUGAACACUCUCACCACAACGCGAUAGGAAGGAUAUGAUGUGGACCAGAACUCGACUUGCUCUGAGAAGUAUUGCUAGAUCACAAAGCUUGAACGGAAGGCGCACCAGGAUGAAGGAACAGCUGUCGGCGAAGCAGCACGAGCGCAACGAGAAGAAAAAGAAGAAGCUGGCUGCACUGGCUAAUUUGAUGGAGCUGAACGAUCGGGAUAGAUUGCACGAGGCAGAGUUGGCCAAGAAACGGGAGGCCGAAGAGGCUGCCCUGGAGGAGAAGGCUUCUGGCUCCGGAUCAUCAGCAGCUGCACCGGCAGCCGAGGGGGCCGACGACGGGUUCGUUGUGGUCUCCAACAAGCGGAAGACCCGCAAUCGCCUUACCAUCCGCAGCAAUCCCGAGUCGCAAGCCGAAAAGUGUGGUAAAGAAGCAACAUCUCUUAAAGGCCCAGAUAGUUUCGACGAACCGGCAUUUAAACGAAGCCGUAAUGACGAGGCUGGCGGAGAUCGUUUGCCAGUGGAUGGACUGUGCCCACUCACCCAGGACCAGUACAAAUCGCUCUCGGCAGAGUUGCGGCGACGAAAGCGCCAGUUGGAAGACGCGCCAGGCCUACGGCUGAGGGAGAUGGGCCAGCGCGCCUCGCUGGAGACACCGCAGCACGCGCGCACGCCCAUCUUCCUCACCGACAUCCAGCACCUGCUGAUGUCGGCCCUGAUCGGCCAGAAGAGUCCCUGCCGGCCGGAUCGGUGGUGCAGCGUGGAGAAGUGGCUCAGUCUAUCGCACAGCGUCGUGGUUAUUUUGGAGGGUCUUUCUCUUUACCACUAUCUUUCGAACGAAAGUCAUUUUGAGGCCACCAAUCGAAUAUUCAAUACCAAACUGGAGAUGCUGCUGCCGCCCCAGGACGAGGGCAAAAUUAUCGACGAGAUUGCCCAGAUUCCACUUACGAACGUUCAGGCCAAGAAACUGAUCGACGAGCACGGUUCUUUGGAGACGGCCGUGGAGCUGAACAAGGAUCCUACACUGUUUGUGAAAACAAUUUUUCCCAUUGAGAGCAAUAUGCUGGAGCCGAAGGGCAUCGAUCUGCAUCCGGACGACAAGUUCCCGCGCACCAAGCUCUUGCUGUCCGCUCUUCAGAUGGUCGACGAAGGCUACCCGAUUCCCUUGCAAGGGGAGCUGCAUAAUCGAUUCCGGCACUUCAAAUUUACAAAGAAAUCGUAUGCGCCAGUAACAAAUCGCAGCCCCAUGUACGGUGUGGACUGUGAAAUGUGCAGGACGGUGGCGGGCGUCAACGAGCUCACCCGUAUUUCCAUCGUAGACGAACAGUACCGAACGGUGUACGAGACGCUGGUGAUGCCAGACAACCGGAUAACGGACUACUUAACUCAGUACUCUGGCAUUACGGAGGACAUCAUGAAGAAGGUUACGAAGCAGUUGCAAGAGGUGCAAAACGAGGUGUCGGAGCUGCUGCCCCCAGAUGCCAUACUCGUGGGUCAGUCGCUCAAUUCGGAUUUGAAUGCCAUGCGAAUGAUGCAUCCAUAUGUGAUUGACACCAGCGUGUGUUUCAACAUAUCCGGAAUUCGACGACGAAAGAGCAAACUGAAGCAUCUGGCCCAGACCUUCCUCAAGGAGACUAUUCAGGAAAACGAAGACGGUCACGACUCGAUCGAGGACUCUCGGGCCACCCUGAAGCUCGUUAAAAUGAAGUUGGCCAAUAGUAUAGAGUUCGGCGACGAGAUUCUCACCCAGCACAAGCGACUGCAAGAGCUGGCCAAUGCCUCCAGCGGGGACACGAUCAACAACAACCUUUUCGCUCACGUUGCCACGCGCGAUAAGCGAACGGCAAUUGUUACGGUAGGAGACUUGCAGCCCCGUCUGAAGGAUGUCAUCUUGAAGGCCGAGGAGGCGGUGCCUAUGGAUCACUGCAAGGCCGUGCGUGUUCACGAGGUGUCCACGCCGAAGGAGGCCGUACGCAAAGUCAACGAGAUAGCCUUAGAGAAUGCCCUGACCAUUGCGAACUUACGCGUACCCGAGCACGACUUUGUGCUGGAGAGCGCCGAGCGCAACGCCGCCAAGCUGGACAGGCUGAUCGAACGCCUGUGGAAUUCGGUGGCGCACAAUGGGCUCUUCCUCGUUCUCAUGGGCGGAUCAACAGAGUGCAGCAAGGGCGUGGCCAAGAUAGCCAUUAAGCGACUGAAUGGCUCUGAGCAAAUCAGCGCUCCCAUUGGCAGUUAAUGCAUCUAGUUUAAACAAAGUCGCCUCCAGCCUUUCCCUCCUGACCUACACACGAUUCCAUCUGAUACUGGAUUCCACACAUUCAAGCCGACCCAAAUCACCAUUUUAAGGGCCAGUUGGAGUCCCGCAGCGGAAUCAAAUUUGCCGUACCAUCCCCAAAACAAGACAACACUACCCACCCAUUUGUU